AUGUCAGAAAACCAACAAUUCUCUGUUUCUGAUUCAACAGAAAACAAACUAAAUUAUCGUCAUGCUGCUUUUGAUGAAGAAAAUAAUGGUCUUUUACCAUUAGCCAACAAAAACCUCAAACCAAAACAUACCACCACCACCAAUAAUACCCUGGGACAUCAUACACAUACAAAAUCAUCACAUCUAGCUCCUCAAGAUAGAAAAGCAUUUAUUAUUUUAGUAUUAUUAUAUGUUUUACAAGGUGUACCUGUUGGUCUUGCCUUUGGAUCAAUUCCAUUUAUAUUGAAAUCAAAAUUAACUUAUUCUCAAGUGGGGAUUUUUUCAUUAGCAGCAUAUCCUUAUUCAUUAAAAUUGAUUUGGUCACCAUUUGUCGAUAGUAUAUAUCUGAAAAAAUGGGGUCGAAGAAGAUCAUGGAUUAUACCGAUUCAAACAAUUUCUGGAAUAAUGUUGAUUUUUUUGGGGAGUCAAAUAAAUGAUUUAAUGGAAAACCCCAAAAAUUAUUUAAGUUUAAUAACAUUUGUAUUUUUCAUAUUGAUUUUAUGUUGUGCUACUCAAGAUAUUGCAGUUGAUGGUUGGGCAUUGACUUGUUUAUCACCAGAAAGUUUAUCUUAUGCUUCUACAGCACAAACAAUUGGAAUUAAUACUGGAUAUUUUUCAAGUUUUACAAUUUUUUUAGCUUUAAGUUCGCCUGAUUUUGCUAAUAAAUAUUUACGAUCAACUCCAUUAAAUGUUGGAUUAUUUUCAUUAGGAGGAUAUUUGAAAUUUUGGGGGUGGAUGUAUUUGAUUGUUACUGGUGUGAUUUGUCUUGUUCCUGAAGAUCCACCACAUUUGGUCAAUAUCAAUAAAGAUCGAUUAGCUAAAGAGAAGGGACUUUAUAAUACUACGAGUUGGCAAGAUUUAACUAAUGUUUAUAAAUCAAUGUAUGAAGUUUUGAAAUUGCCUAAUGUUCAAACAUUUGUUAUUAUUUUAUUAAUUGCAAAAUUGGGAUUCCAAGUAAAUGAAGCUGGUACUAAUUUGAAAUUAUUAGAGAAAGGAUUAUCAAAAGAGGAUCUUUCUAUAACGGUUCUUAUUGAUUUCCCAUUUGAAAUGAUAUUUGGAUAUUAUGCUGGUAGGUGGUCUACCGGUAAAGCACCAUUACGGCCUUGGCUUUGGGGGUUUAUGGGGAGAUUAGUGGCGGCAUCAUUGGCACAAUUGAUUGUAUAUUUUUUCCCUAAAGAUGGAAAAGUUUCUACCACCUAUUUUAUAAUUAUCAUCUUGCAACAUUUAUUAGGAUCAUUCAUGUCGACAAUCCAAUUUGUGUCACUUUGUGCAUUUCAUACCAAAAUUGCUGAUCCAGCUAUAGGUGGAACAUAUAUGACCACCUUAAACACUUUAUCCAAUUAUGGAGGCACUUGGCCAAGAAUAUUUAUUUAUUAUUUGAUCGACAAGAUUACUAUCAAUAAAUGCAUAACUGAUAAAGGAUAUAUUAUGUUAACAUCGGAAGAAGCAAAGGAACAAUGUACUUAUUCUGGAGGUAAAGUUGAAACCAUAAGAGAUGGAUAUUUUUAUACAAAUGCAUUAUGUAUAACUUUAGGAAUCAUAAUUUUUUUCUGGGUUAAAAAGAAGGCAACUUAUCUUCAAAGCUUACCAAAUAGUGCUUGGAGGGUAUCGAAAUAA